AUCCUUUUCCUGGCUGCGUUUGAGCAGGUCAACUUUUGUCCUGAUGCCUUAAUGGAGGCUUUUGUGACGAAAGUGAUUGAAAAUCCCAACUCCUUCACACUUAAAACCCUCCUGUGUGUCUUAAAAGUGUAUUCAUCUUUUAACUACAAUCUGAAGCAUAGAAGACAACAGUUCCUGGAUGUUAUCAGCCACGCCCUCGACUCCUAUCUGUCCAGGAUGAACGGGUCAGAAUUACUGACAGCUGCUUACCGCUUCUGCCUGCUCAAUCACUUCCCCUCUGCGCUGCUGGAGCAGCUCCUGCAGACUAGUGUGCUGGAGCAGAUUGUGG